GUUAUACUAUACUGGAAAAGGAAAGAUGAAGAGUGUGGAAAGUCUUGUGGGACCCAUUCCCCUAUUUAUUUCUCUCUGAAGGCCGCAAAGUUUCCUUACAAAACUACACCUUACACACCCUUCCCCUUCCCCUGCUCUCUGUCUCUCUCACUCUAGACAUUCAUUUCACGUACACACUUCCUGCUCAAAGAAGCGCUUCCGCCGCCGCCAUGGCUCGACCGCAGCAGCGCUACCGCGGCGUGCGCCAGCGCCACUGGGGAUCUUGGGUCUCCGAAAUCCGCCACCCAUUGUUAAAGACAAGAAUAUGGCUAGGCACGUUCGAGACGGCUGAGGACGCGGCGAGGGCGUACGACGCGGCGGCGAGGAUGAUGUGCGGGGCGCGGGCCCGCACCAACUUCGCGUACGACGCGAGCGAGCCGUCGGCGAAGCUGCUGUCGGCGACGCUGAUGGCGAAGCUGCAGAAAUGCCACGUGACGUCUCUGAAGAUGGCUAACAAAGCGGUGAAGCAGAGUAGCGAGGCAGAGCAGCAGGCCGCGAGGCCUCACGAUGAUCAGAAUGAGAAUGGGAUGAUGAUCAAGUCCCUUGAAGAUGAUCAGAUUGAGCAGAUGAUUCAGGAGCUGCUUGAUUAUAGCUCAAUUGAGCUCUCUUCUGUUAUGGACAAUUAACUUUCUUUAUCACUUGUCGUUCAAGCCCACAUGCCGUAAUUAGCUCUCUCUAGUCUCUGUGUAAUUAAUGGGCCACAAAAUUUUAGCAAUAAAAAUUAUUUAUUCCAAGAA